GUUAUAAUCAUAAAACUUUUGUUUCUUAGAUUUUACAGGUUAAGGUAUUGUACUUUAUAAAUCUGAAUGCUAUAACUAGAACAGUUUAAAUACUUUACGGAAAUAUGGAAGAUAAUCAACUAUUUGAAACUGUUGGAAAUGGUGGCAAUGAUUUAUUAAAUAAUAUUUUGGAUGAUGAUGAUGACAUUACUUUAAGUCAAGAGAGUCAAGUCAGUGUUCACUUUGAAAAUAACGAUGAUGAUGAUUCUGUCAGCGAUUCAGUUGUAUACAAAGUUUUUAAUGACCCAAUUCACGGUCAUAUUAUGCUGCACCCACUUUUAGUGAAAAUUAUUGACACCCCCCAGUUUCAACGCCUUCGCAAUGUGAAACAACUUGGCGCUACUUAUUUUGUCUAUCCUGGUGGUUCACACAAUCGUUUUGAACACUGUAUUGGCACUUCACACUUAGCUGGUAAGUUAGCAAGAUUACUUCAAAAGAAUCAGAGAAGUUUGAAUAUUACUAAUACGGAUGUUCUAUGUGUUGAAAUGGCAGGAUUAUGUCAUGAUCUAGGUCAUGGCCCAUUUUCUCACAUGUUUGAUGGGCGUUUUUUACCUAGUGUUAAACCGAACUCGACAUGGACGCAUGAAAAAGGUUCAUGCAUGAUGAUCGAUCAUUUAAUCAAAGCAAAUUGUUUGGAAGCUCAAUUUGAUAUGUAUGGCAUAACUCAAACCGAUGUAACAUUUGUGAAAGAGAUGAUUGCUGGUGUGGACAGAUCUGUAACAAAUGGUAUUUGGCCAUAUAAAGGUCGUGGUGAAGAUAAAAGUUUUCUUUAUGAAAUCGUAUCAAAUGAGAGAAACAAGGUAGAUGUCGAUAAAUGGGAUUAUUUUGCAAGAGAUUGUUAUCAUCUUGGAAUUCGUAAUAGUUUCGAUCACAAUCGAUUUAUGCAGUUCAUCAAAGUUUUAAAAGUAGAAGGUGAACGGUUACAAAUUUGUGCAAGAGACAAAGAAAGUUACAAUCUAUAUGAGAUGUUUCACACUCGAAGUGUUUUACACCGCAGGGCAUACCAACAUAGAGUUGCCAAUGCUAUUGACCACAUGAUUUGUGACGCUAUGGUUCUCGCGGAGCCGUAUAUAAAAUAUGUUGGUACCGGUGGAGUAGAAUGCUCAGUCUCUGAAUGUGUUAAUGAUCCAGUUGCUUUUACGAAACUGAAUGAUAAUAUUUUUGAUAAAAUUUUACACUCAAAUGAAAAACAGUUGGAACCGGCUCGCAAAAUUUUGGAAAGAAUUUUAAGAAGGCAACUAUAUCAAAUCAUUGGGGCAGCAAGGCCUAUCUCGCCUAUGAAAUUAGACGAAGUAUGCGAUCAAAUUGCUGCAUUCGAUACAUCUGGAAUACUGAUGAAAGGUGACUUGAUUGCAAAUACCACAAAGUUCAACUAUGGUAUGCAUGAUAAAAACCCGAUAGAUUCAUUCAAGUUUUUCUCAAAAUCAGAUCCUGGGAAACCAUAUCAUAUUCGUAAGGAAGAUGUUUCACCUAUGCUACCCGAUGUAUUCGAAGAAUCUGAGAUUCAAAUUUAUUGCAUAAGUGAUGACAAGGUUGAUGCGAGUCUUAAUUGUUUCAAAUUAUGGUGUGCAAAGAUGAAGCUACAACCUAAAUCUGUUGUUAAUGACACAGGCUCUUUAACUCCCAUGAAACGACCUAAGCCAUCGUCAGGCCAUAAUGGUCAUAUUUCCCAAGAUAAGAGAAGAAAAGUACCUUAUAAAUUUUGAGUGUUUGUUCGUUUGUUUUAAAGAAACAUUAGUUCUUAAUCCAUAAUACAUUUAUUUUCUUGUUCUUUACUUUAUUUAACUUUAUCAAUAUUACUUUAUGGUAAUGUAUUUAAUUGUUGAUAUAUUGCUUAUAUUUCUCCCAUAUUAUAAUACUUUACGUAAUACUAUUUUAUUAAAUCUGGGAAACUUAUUCUGCCACUGCAUUUUUGCCAAAUAAAUAGAUCAUUUUAGUACAAAUCUCCCACAAUUGUUAAAAAAAAUUGGGGAAAAUUUUUUUGUUUUCUCAAAUUCAUUUCAGUGAUUUUUCUUGUGUGUAGUGUAUGAUUUUCGAGAGUUUGUGAUGUUUCUUAAUAAUCUUUCUGAUAAAUUGUUCUCGACAAUAAAUCGAGCGUAAGCCGUUUUGAAUUGAAGACUUGUCUUUGGUUUAAUGAAUAUGGGCUGAAAAUGUUACACAAGUAUACCCAAGACACCAUGAGAUACCGUAAUUAAAAUCAUUGUAAAUUUUAAUUUGUGUAAUUAACUUUAAAGUGGACUAAUAAUAUUUUUAAUGCCUUCAUUAAACUCUGCUGUAUUACUGAUAUUGAUUUUAACUAUUUGACUUCAAAAGCAUCCAUGAUUGCCUCAAGCUUUUUAUAUUGUAUGUAUAUAUAUAAAAAUAUUCAAUUUUGAAAUGAAAUAUUAUUGAAGCUGAUUUUAUUUUUCCUGAUUUAUUCUGAGCAGUAUUCUCACCUCGUUAUCAAAAUCUUCAAAUUUUGCUUUAUUCUAAUUACUGUCAUUAGGAACUAUAGGAAGUAAUAAUUAAUAAAAUAAUUGGUGUAAUAAAAUAAUAAUUGUAAUUAAUCAGAUCACAUAUUCAAAAGUGUUUAAUUUCAUUUGAAAAUAAUUUUUGCUUUUUUUUUUACAUAGUUAAAAAUCUAAAAGUGGAAUUUCAGAACUUUGCUGCUCAUAUUAUUUUAGGUGUACAGAGCUUUACCUCUUUAAUGAGUACCAUACUGUCAUUAUUGAAUUAAAACAAUCCAUUGCCACCCCAAAUUUUGAUAAAAAACUUAGCAAAGUAUAUGCUACCCCUGCCUUACAGACAAAGAAAAAUAAUUAACAUUUGGUAACUAACAUCAUUUAAGUUAAAUUAUUAAAAAAUUAAAAGUGACUUCUAAUGAUUUGAUUUGAAAAAUAAAUGCUGUUACAAGACAAUAGUAUUUUCACUUUCAAUACUUCCCUUCAAAAAUAUUCUGCUAUAAAUAUUAUAAUUUUUUUAUUAAUUUGAAUUUUGGACUGACAUUUUAUGAUAUGAUUUAAUUUAUGUAACAAUAUUUUUGGUGUUUUUAAUUUUUAAAGUUUUAGUACUCUUUCUUGCAUCUUUCUGCUAUUAUUUAUAUGAUUUUCUUUUCGCAUAAUUUUCUUAUUUUUUGUAUAUUAUCUAUCAUACUGUUAGCCUGAUGGGCUGCAAAUUUCCUAAUAUAGGGUGGGCCAUUUAUUUGCAAUUUCUUUUAUUCUUUUUUUUUCAUACAUGGGUUAUAAAAUUAUAAAAAGCAAAUUAUGUUUCUCUCUAUUAAUCAACUUUGACAGGAACAAAUUUUAUUCUUCAGACUGUGUCUAUUACAGAACAUGUUACUUUGUUAAACAUCUAUUUGUAAAUGGUGGAUUUGAGAUUCAAAAAAUAUGGCAAGUAUUCUGAAAUCAGUAUUUCUAUACAAUUCGGUAUAUGAAAAUUUUUUUGAGAAUUUAUAGAAAUAGGGUCAUUUGAAAAAAUCAUUUUAUCAAUCUCCAUUUAUAAUCGCUGCAUAUGUUUUGAUUGGUAUCGACAGACACACAAAGAAAACAACAAAAUACAGUAAUUUGCGAGUUUUAAACAUAUUAUGCCAAAGUGAUUGGACUAAUGACUAAUGGACAUGUCAACCCCACUCUGUGAUUUUCCAGUUAGAACGUAUCUAUCAGUAGCCCAUUAUUGGCGUUGGUACAGUGAGGGUAGUUCCAGCUACUGGUAGAUUUUUGAAUAAAUUUGUUUGUUUUGAUGUCAUUGCUACAUUCAUAAAUACAAAGGAUUGAAUAAUAUGGUUGCAGCAUGCUGAAUUGUAACCUAAUAGCAUACUUUAUUCUUGUGGAUGAUUGAUUGAUACGAAAUAAUUUUGUCCAAUUAAACAUUGGUGAUAAACAAAUUUUUCUGAAAGAUUAUUGAUAUGCAUAGUUGUUUUAUCAACAAUGCUUUUAGUUCAAAUGUGCAUUAGCAUAUUUAUAGGAAUUUAUUUUUUGUUAUUAAGAAUUAUUAUUGGUCGAUGGCUGGCUUUGUCGAUUUCACAGUGCCUUGUAAACAGAAUCAUAUUUGAAUUCGGACCAAAACUUAUCAAAUUAUACAGGUAUGACGUUUUUACGUAAUUGCGAGCCAGCUUUUAUUCCCAGUGGUCAAAAAAUUAAAUUCAUUCCCUUUUGGAAUCAAUUAAUUUUAAUGGAUAGACGUUUGACACCAACCUCGCUACUUAACAUUGAUAUAUGAUAUAUAAUACAUUUGGAACUGGGAUUUAUUCUGUGUAAGAUUGACGCAAAAAUUGUCCUCUAACUAUAUAGAAGUUUAAUCCCAGCUAUUUUGUCCAACCUUGAUUUUGUACUAUCAAUUUUGAAUUAUUGAUAUUUUUUCGACGGCGAAAUUGUAAGCAUGCAUCAUACUAUGCGCAAAUAUUGCAGAACAUUCCACUUUCUUAUAAUAAAUACAAUUUCAAAUAUAUGGAACAUCCUGCAUAUA